GUUUUAAUCGUCGAAAAUUUUUCGCUGCACUAAUUCACCCCCACCUCUUGAUAUUUUUCCUUCAGCUCAGGAUGUUCUCAUGCUCGUUGUUUGCAGGACUAGAGUGAAAUGUCAAUAGCCUAUAGGCCAAUUCAUGCAGAUGCCACGUACGACUUCAAGUAUGGGUUGAGAGCGAUACAGGGUCUUGGGUGCCCAGUGUUUGAUAAACUGGAAGCUGAUUUGGCAAAAGCGAUGUUGUCUCUGCCUGCAACAAAAGGGUUUGAAUUUGGCAGCGGUUUUUCAGGUACUUUUAUGACCGGAAGUGAGCAUAACGAUGAGUUCUACAUUGGCGAGCAUGGGAGGGAUAUCCAAUGGAGAAACCAUCUCUACGAGAAUAGCUUUUAAACCAGCAUCUACAAUUGGGAAAAAGCAGAAGACAGUGACAAAGAGAACGACAACGACAUGAAACUGAUCUCAUAGCAAGAGACCGCUAUGACCCUUGUGUUUGAUAGUAGAUAAGAUUUCUUCAAGAAAAUCUCUAUAUUUUAUUAAGAAAAAUCCUUUAUUCUGUUGAGAAAAAUUCUCCUUCAUUAUUUAUAUAAAUAGGAGAGGACAUGUUAAUGUAUUUAAGUUUCUUCACUUCUUCAAUAAAGUUUUUUCAAUGAAGCUUCUUGAAUAAUUCUCUUAUGUUCUAUUUUUUUCAACAGUUUUAUUUUUAAAAUUUUUCAUUCCGGCCUGAUUUUCUGUUUUGCAGCUGUUCCGAUGGUGGAAGCCAUGGUAGCGUCGGUGCUGUUGGAUCAACUUAUGGCCCAAACUGGACAAUGUGGAUUGUUUCCUGUUGAUCCUGCCCUCCAGCAACAGAUUGCUCCUGCUCCAAAUGGAUCCUUGCUCACCCCAAAGCUUGCUUAAUACGAGGAUGUUGCUCCUAGUGGAGCUAAGCACAACUAAGGUCCAUAUUUACUGAGUUCAAAUGCUCUGAAAUGAGUUUCUGUUGUUCCUUUUGUCAAAUCUAUUUAAGCGCUGUUGUUGCACCCAAAUUCACACAGUUGUGUCCUGUUCUGGAUGAGAAAAAGGCAUUUGUAUUAGUUAAAAUUGCUUCUCUACAGAUCUUUAGUUAAAUUUGGUUCUUGAAUGUUAA